AUGUCAGAAAUGCUAGUAAAUAGCAACACGUACUUUACAAGGCAAUGGAAAAUUUGGAAACUAUGCGGCAUAUAUGCUGAACCUCGUCUUAACUACAAAACGCUUUAUUGGACUUACGCUGUUUUGUUGAACAUAAUCGUGACAAUUCUUUAUCCUCUGCAUCUAUCCGUGUUAAUUUUUCGUAAUGAUACAUUAGGCGAUGAUAUAAAGAACCUAUCUAUUUUUCUAACCACAGUUGCCGGAAGUAUAAAAUUUCUUAGUUUUGCAAUGAAUUUAAAAAAAAUGCCGGAGAUUCAAAACCUAUUAAAUGAAUUAGAUGCACGUGUGAGGAGUAAAGACGAGCGCCACUUUUAUAAUACCGAAUUGAAAAUGAAAAUGAAGAUAACUGGAAACAUAUAUCUCGUUCUCUAUAUAAUAGUAGCUAUAACAGCUGAACUAACCACACUCAUGAGUAAAGAACGAGUACUACUUUAUCCUGCUUGGUUUCCAUUUGAUUGGCGCGCCAGCACCACAAUGUACUUAUUAGCACACUUAUACCAAAUAAUUGGUAUUUCCACAAUAUUAACGCAAAAUUAUGCUAAUGAGACCACACCAGGUCUAUUGCUUUGCUUGCUAGCCGGUCAUAUUAAGCUGCUCGCAUUACGUGUCGCCAAAACUAGUCACAACUGUGAAAAUCCGCAGGAAAAUGAGCUGGAACUGCUGCGUUGCGUCAGAGAUCAGAAAAAUCUUUACAGAUUGUGCGAUUUGAUUGAGGACCUUGUUGCCUUUCCGAUGUUUGUGCAAAUUACUAUUGCCGCUGCCAACAUAUGCGUGGCCCUAGCCGCUUUAUUGUUUUAUCUUAACGACUACUUCAAUCGAGCAUAUUACUCUCUUUAUUUUUUUGGAUUAUUUUUACAAAUCUUUCCGGCCUGCUAUUUUGGCACUGAGUUUCAAAUGAUGUUCGACCAGCUGCCGUACGCUGUUUUUUCCAGCAACUGGAUGCAUCAGAGCAAACGAUACAAGAUGCACAUGAUUUUGUUCACUGAACGUGCCCUAAUGCAAAGGACUAUUUUGGCUGGUGGAAUCGUACGACUAAACUUAGAAGCUUUUCUGUCAGCGUGCAAAGGAGCUUAUUCCUUAUUCGCAGUCUUUUUAAACUUAAAGGAAUAA